AUGAUUCACAAAUUUAUUGAUCUUUUAGGUAGUCUUAUGAGCUCUAAUAAUGAGCUAAGGGACGCGUCCGAAAAGGAAUUCAAUCGCCAAGCUAACGCAGAUCCAGAUCUGUUUCUCACAAAUUUAAUAAAGAUUGGAUCGGAUCAUUCCUGUCCUCCACAGAUUCGAUUGGCAAGUCUUCUUCACCUUAAGAGAUACCUUCCAAAUUUCUGGUCUCCUGCAUUUGAUAGCUAUAUUGGAACAAAAACAAUCGACCAGAAUGUCAAACAGCUAAUCCGUUCGUCCCUAUUUUCCCUUUUAGGAGAUGAAGAUUCAAAGAUCCGAAAUGCUGCUGCAUAUGCAAUAGUUCAGGUUGCUGUUGUUGAUUAUCCAGAUGAAUGGCCAAACUUGUUAAACGAUCUUUAUGCUGCCAUCACAUCCAAUGCUUCGAAUGUUUCUCUUGUUCUUGGUUCUAUUUCUACGCUUGAUCAACUUUUUGACGAUUUGGUUACAGAUGAACAAUUUUUCCAAGGCGGUGUUGCCGUUCAAAUUAUGAAGUCAUGCGAAUUAAUGUUGACCGAUGAAAAGUAUAACGCCCAAGUUAAAGUUGCCACAUUAUCUUUGGUGGAAUCCAUUAUUAAAGUGUUACCUGAUAUUGAAUACUACGAGGGAUCACAGAGAAAAACUUUUGUCAAUGCAGUAGUUCCACGGAUUAUGGAAUUGCUUGCAAAGCUCUCCUCAAAGAUUACUGAACUACCUCAGCCAUUCACCUCUUCAAUAAUGCUGUGGACCUUGAAAUCUAAAAUAUACUCUUGUCUCAAUCUUCUGAUGGACUCAUUUUCAAGAUUUUUUAAAGAUAAUGCGUCGUCUUUCAUUAAUGCCAUCCUGAUCGAUCUCUCAAAAGAGGAGAAUCCUUAUAUCGCCAUAUUCUGCUCUGAUAAUAAUUCCCAAAAUGAGACAAUUAAGUCAUCAUUUUCGGAUGUUGAUACGUUAAGGGAAACAAUAAAAGAGUCGAUUACAUCGGACCAGGUUAUUUCUGCAUCUAUUAGACAUGAGAUUCAGUUAUUGCAGUCACUCUUAGAGUUGCAUCCUUUGAAUGAUGAACAUUCCGUUUCUUCCUUGGUUCAGCUUCUUUACAGGUUCAACUACUUACCUUCAGAGAAACUAGAAGACUUUGGAAAUGACUUCAAUGUCUUUGUUACGGAUGAAACUGAGCUUGCAAUCGAUAUUACUAUACGUAGCUCUGUGAUUGGGUUUUUCACUGAUCUCAAUGAGUUAGAUGCCUCACUCUGUACGAAAACAAUCGUUUCAAGUGUCAUUAGUAUGACGCUUCAAAACAACCGAUCUAACUACAGGGAUCUCGAAUCUCUCCUUACCAUACUUUCUUGCCUUUUUGAUAAUGAAUAUGAUGACAAGUCUUCAUCAUUUUCGAUCCCUGAAUUUUCCGAAUUUAUAUCUUCUUUCAUACGGCAAGGAUUUGAAAGCUUGAAUGAUGGGAUGGAACUUCUUCUUUCGAGAUUUAUUUUGAUGAUGCCAAAGUUUUUGAUGAAAUAUGAGAGCCAGUUAAGUGUUAAUCCUGUUGAUAUGCUUAAGCUAAUUGUUUCUUAUGUGGACAAACUUCCAUCUGGAGAGAACUGCCAAAUUUUGAAAAGUUCAAUACUAAUUAGUUUUCAAUAUUUUAACCAAUUUAUUAGUUCCAAACGCUUUGAUCAAGAAAUUCAAUUCAAGCUCAUCUCUCUUAUUGGUGAACUUGCAGAAGACUCUGAUGAAGACACCAAUAUUAUGAUGCUAGAGGCUCUUACUAUACUUAUAUGCAUCGAUAACAAAGCUGCUGCUUCUACUGAUGAUACAUUCAUGCUUAUUUUAAGCAUCGGAUAUAAAGAUUGCUCUAACUUUUCUUUAAAUACCCCAACUUUAGAAUGCGUGUCAGAUCUUAUUAGUGGUAUACCCUUGGAAACAUACCUCGCACUCAGUGAAAAGGUCAUGGUAAAACUGAUUACUAUUUUGGUUACAAGUAAGGGUGAUUAUUCCUCUGAAGUAGAUCUUACGUUACAGAUCUUGGCAGAAUUCAUUAAAGGUCCAAAUGCUGAUUUUAAGCUACCUCCUCAGUUAUUUGAAUUUAUUUUUAUGCCAAUCUGUAAGUUCAUUAUGCAAACAUCUGAUGACCAUUUACUUCAAUCUGCAUCUUCCGUUUUUAACGAAAUUGUCAAAAGAUCCACGGAGCAAAUUGAGAUUUAUAAUAAUACGGAAAACGGAGAAAGUGGAAAGGAGAUUUUACUUAAGAUUGUGUCAAAAUUUUUAUCCCCAACAGUUACUGAUCAGGCACUUGUAAAUUUGGGAAGUUUAUUCAUCUUGAUAAUAGACAACUUUUCUAACAGUGAUCUUAUUAAGCAGUACUUCACAGAUAUGCUCAGAGGUGUAACAAUCAGAUUACUUCGGGCCAAAGAAGUUCCCACAAUUGAAAACUUAAUACUAAUUUUCAAUAAAUUGAUGAUUAUGAAUGCUCAGGAUACACUCAUCUUUCUUAAAGGAUUUCGGAUCGACGAGAACGGAACAUCAGCUUUAGUUCAGAUUUUCCCAAUAUGGUUUCAGUCAUUUGAAGUUAUGCGUGGCUUUUCAAAAAUUUUGGGAAGCGUUCAAGCUUUUUCUGAGCUUCUUUUUCUUAAUGAUCCUUCCACUGCUUCAAUUCAGACCAGAGGUGAUGUUUUACCAAAUCAAAUUCCAGAAAACGUGAUUGUUACAAGGUCAAUAAGUAAAAACAUGAAUUUGAAGUAUGAGAUAAUUCCGGUCGAUGCUAAAAUUAUCCGACUUUUUAUCAAAGAACUACGCUUUCAGAUUCAAUCGGUCAAAAGCAAUGAGAGAGAUGCUAUCGAUGACGCAAAACUGGUGAUCGGAAAGGAUAAUUCAAUAACUGAUGAUAAUGCGGAUGAUAAUGAGUGGGAGGAUAUUGAUGAGCUUGAUGUUCCUUCUUACGACCAAUUGCAGCAUUAUAUCGAUGAGGGUAACAAACCUUCGGAAUUGAAUGCUCACUCAGAGCGUGUUCACAGCGAAAUUAGAGAUUAUCUUAUUAAAUUUUUUAAGGAAUGUUUCAAUGGUAAGGUCCAUAGAUUUCAGGAAAUUUACAACAAAUAUUUGUAUGACUCUGACAAAAUAUUACUCACAGAGUCGCUUGCGUUUUGA